AUGAAAUUCCAAGGUAUAUCAGGUCCUGUAGAAAUCAGUAAGAAUGGUACACGUCAACCCACCUUCUACCUUGAUGGUUUGGACAGCUCUGGUGUUCAGGUGCUCUAUGGAACUGUCGCUGUCAAUGGAUAUAAAGCGGUCUACAAGGCACUGUACAGCAAUGAAGCACAGGUAUGGUGGGCGAGAGGUGGAGUUCGCCCACUGGCAGUACCUAGAUGCGGAUUUUCUGGACUUGAGGUAAUCGAAUCUUUGUUCCACUAA